AUGACUGGUUUUUGUGACUUUAUCUUCAACUAUCAGCCUAAACAUGGCAUCACAACCCCAACAGACUAUCCCUACAUGAUAAUAGCACGCCACUUAUUAACCGUCAUCACAAUGUGGCCUAAAACAUCAAUUAUUCUUCAAAGUGCAAAAACUCAAAAACGAGCAAAGAUCUGGUUGACCAUUCAAAAAGCUUUUCACUUCUGGCUCUGUGUUAUAAGUUUCUUUGGCGGUACCUUGUACAUAUUGCGUCACAAAAAAUCCAUGACUUUCUAUGAACUGGGACAUUUGUAUAUUUCUCUGCUUAUGAUUGUUUGUACCUUUUCUAGAAUUACGACGUUAUGCUUAAAUGAUGAGUAUAGAGUUAUCGCCAAAGAUUUUGUGACCAAAAUUCAUCUGUUCUUCUACAAAGACCGUUCGGAUUACUCAAUGGAGAUUCACAAGAAAGUCCACAUGAUUUCCCACAUAUUCACGUUAUAUCUCUCCGGUCAAAUGAUGCUAGGACUCUUCCUAUUCAACGUGACUCCUAUGUAUAACAACUAUUCUGCCGGGAAAUACAUGAGUGGGGGCUUGAAGAACUCAACGUAUGAACAUGCUCUCUAUUUCUCUUGGCCGUUCAAUGCAUCUACUGAUUUUAGGGGCUAUGUUGUUAGCAAUAUUUUGCAUUGGUUACUAUCAUUUUCAUGUUCCAGCUGGUUUUGUGUUGUGGAUUUUUUUCUCUCUUUAAUGGUAUUUCAUGUUUGGGGUCACUUCAAGAUCCUUCUUCAUGAUCUCAACCAUUUUCCAAGGCCAGCAAAUAAAAUAAGCUUCAUACUUGAUAGUUACGUUACAAUUACUAAUGAAAUAUAUUCAAGGAAUGAACUGGAUCAAGUUUUUGACAGGUUAAAUAAAUGUAUAGAUUAUCAUCGUGAAAUCGUCAGUUUUACAGACAAGAUGUCGGAAGUAUUUGGUCCAAUGCUGCUUGCUUACUAUGGCUUCCACCAGGCGAGUGGCUGUUUACUACUGUUGGAGUGUUCGCAAAUGACCGUGGCAGCUCUGGUCCGCUAUUUACCACUCACGAUAAUCCUAUUUCAACAACUAAUACAAUUGUCGAUUAUUUUUGAACUAGUCGGUAGUGUGAGUGAUAAACUAAAAGAUGCAGUUUAUGGCUUACCAUGGGAGGCCAUGGAUACUAAGAACAGGAGAAUUGUAGCCUUCUUCCUAAUGAACGUGCAGGAACCUGUGCAUGUGAAGGCGUUGGGACUAGCUGAUGUCGGUGUUACUUCUAUGACUGCGAUUUUGAAGACUUCAAUGUCAUACUUCGCUUUUCUACGCAGCAAGUAA